AUGGCUGAUUUGCUCGGACAUGGCGAUAUCUUCUCGAAGACAUCAGAAAUGUCGGUGCAAAAUGUGACUCAAAAACUCGAAGCAAGCACUGAGGAGAUGGUUUUGCAUCGAGCAUUACCAAUCAGAAUUAAAACGAUGUAUAAUUGCGAAGAGAAGCGUGUGAUAACAAUGACACCACCAUUUCGUGGUUUUUCGGCUUUAGUACGAUUUCAAUGUCGAGCUCGACUACAUUAUGUUCAAACAAUUCCUAUGGCUUCAGUUCACGGAUGUUCCGAGAAAGAGACAAUGGAUAUUCCAGUUCUUUGGUCACGAGUGUUCAUUGUUUCAAGCGUCAUCAUGCAGUAUCAACCGUCAUAUCAAUAUUUGUUCGUACCACCGGCUCUAUCUUCAUUGAACUUGAAACCAGACGACUGUCAGCUAGUAGCAAACUAUGACAAGUCAGCAAAUCAGACCCGAUUCACAUUCUCAGUUUCUUGGGCGAAUGAAAACAAUGAAGAGAAUACAUUUGAUGGAGAUGACAGUCGUCUUGUCCUGUCUAUUCGAGCCCCUGUUGAUGAAGAUUCGAAAUUUCUAAGUGACGUUCAACAGUCAAAGAGGAAAGUCUCUCGAGCAGAAAAAAUCUUAUGUGAUGGUCCUUGUGGACGCAAAUAUCCGCCGGAGGAAAUGAAUUUGCUUGGAAGAUGUGCUCAUUAUUUGUGCAAUGUUUGCUAUGGAUUAGUGUACAAUGAUGACGGAACGAAAGGGUGCAGUAACUUUGGCUGCGUUUAUGCUACUUUAUACGACUACCUUCCAGAAGAUUACGCACGGAAAGCCUAUGAAAAUCAUAUAAUAGCACGUCAACGAGCACGAGAAUCGGCUCGCUUCAACGAAAAUUAUCCAUCGAAUCAAUCACGCCAAUCAUCGCAAUCUUAUGGAACAUCCUUGGAUCAACGUAGCUUGUUAUCUUCUGAUAGAGCCUCAUACAGAUUUAAACAAGAAAUCCCUUCCGCUCAGGCGGAAAAGUUACAGAGUCGCUCACCUCGUAAACGCGGCUCUCUUCGAGCUCGCAGGCGUAGCUCAUCAUCUAAUCUCAAAGGAGCAAGACGAAACUACAACGUAGCUGAGAUCAGCUCCGUUCCGCCUAAGGACGACUCCUCCUGUCAACUACCCGAAAGCACAUACGCUCAGUCUUCCUCCACGGAAUCAUUGAAUAGAAGGAACCGUGUAUUGGACGAAAUUUUCUCUGAUCUCACGUUAACGUCAACGAAUCUAGAAGGUCCCACAAGCGAGUUCGAACUACUCAAUAUCCGGCUAAUGAUAUUUGAACCUGGACCAUUUAAAACCAUAAAACGAGUUCAUAUGAGCCGAGAGAUGUCUGCUGCUCUUACUCUGAAAGAGGCGAUUGACGAAUUGUUGGAAAGAAGAAAUCGAAAAAUCCAACAUGAAUGUCCAUCGCGUCUCUAUUUCUGUUCAGGAAACACUAGUGAAGGACUCAGAGAAAUAACAGUUGAUGAAUUUACAAGGGCACGUUUAUGGCAGUAUCCCGCUCGAAAUAGCGUCUUACACUUCGUCUUGGAUAUAGCUGGCUAUUUGAAGGGAACAGACUGA